AUGCUUUCCCUCUUGCUAUGCGUUUUUUAUUCCUCCCAGAAGGUUCAAUCUGCAGCUCUCACUUGCAGUGGUACUUUCAUUCGUGCAAGUGACAAUUCUGCAUUCGUGUGUGGCAAUCGUAAUGGCUAUCCCUAUGUCAUCGAGUUGAGAGAUGCCUACAACAACCUUGUCUAUGAAGGAACCAUGGAUGACUCUGGUUAUUAUAAUGUGGCUAGCUCUGAUAAGUUUUAUCAGAUGUACUGGGAGGAUUUGACAGUCACAGAUCCUUUGAAGAGAAUGAAUAUGGCAACUUCCAUAACUACCGAUUCGACUGGUUUGUUCUUGUCUGGUUUUACCAUUCCAAGCAUUUUAGGAAGAGUUGGCUCUCAAUAUUACAAAUUUUAUCAACCAAGUCGAGAGGUUCAAUCCACCAAUGCUACCAAAAUCACUUCAUCACCAACUCUCAAAGUGAAUUCCACACUCCUCUCUUCCAACUCUCCAACAAAUUCUUCAUCUACCACUCAACUUCAAAAUAGAGCUCUUCCUCGUCGUGUCAUGUCUCUUCCUCCGUACUACAAGGAAAAUUCAGGAAAGAUUUGGGAAGUCUAUUCCUCUACUCCUGAUCAAUUCAAAUUGAGAUGUUUGGAUGCCUAUGAUCAUCGAACUGCAUUGGUUGGAUUCUCAUUCAAUUCGAGAGUGGAUAAGUUUUUGAGUUUUAUGAACUUUUUUGAUGAAUCCGGAGUGAAUAAGCUUGACAUGUUAGAUGCCACUGGAGAUGAUAUGAAUACUUUGUAUUUGGCGAAUGGAGAUGUUUUUAGACCAUGUUUUUACUUGCAGGUUUGUUAG